UCACCCACUCUAUCAAAAACCAAACCUUCCACUUCUUCUGCUAUCUCCAGUGUUUCUUACAUCAUAAUUUCUACACUCGAGCUUCUUUAUUACUAUCCUAGCUUGUAAUUCCAGUUGCCUUUUUAUUGUUUUUGAUUGUUUCUGAAGGGAAUUGAAGUUGGAAAUGGAGAAUAACCAGCAAUCAUUUUAUCAGUUCAGUGAUCAGCUCAGGGUGCAGACAUCAAAUUUAGCUAAUCUGUCACUCAGUGAUUCUAUAUGGAGCAAUUCAUACGGGUCAAAGAGGCCAGAUGAAAGGAGGAAUUUUGAUAUCAGAGUUGGUGGUGAAGUUAACAAUUUGAAGCAAAAAGGGUCUGAUUUGAAUAGUUUCAGUGAUGGAUGGAAUCCUAUUAAUGAUAUUAAGCAGAAAGGUUCUGGUUUGAAUCUAUUCAAUGAUGGGUGGAACUCUGUUAAUGAUCUGAAGCCGAAAGGGUCUAACUUGAAUCUGUUCGAUGAAGGGUGGAGUUCUGUCAAUGAUUUGAAGCCGAAAGGGUCUAACUUGAAUGUGUUCGGUGACGGUUACAAUCUGAAGCCAAAAGGUUCUGACUUGAAUGUGUUCAAUGAUGGAUGGAAGAUGGGCUCUAGUGCUAACAAUUAUGGGGUUAGUCCAAUUGGACCUAUUGGUCAAUUUGUUGGUGGAUCUCAAAAAAAUAUUGGGAUCAAUGGAGGUUUCAAUAAAGGGAUCUAUUCAAAGAACAAUAAUAUCCAUAACAGUAACGUUAAUGUUAGUGUGAAGGGUAACAAGAACAAGGGAGAUGAUGAUUUUGGAAGCAAGAGUAGCAAAAAGAAUAGCAGCAAGAAGAGUAAUAGUAAUGACAAUAAUGAUAGUAAGAGUGCUGCUGAUAAGAGGUUUAAGACACUGCCACCAUCUGAGUCUUUGCCUAGGUAUGAAACAAUUGGUGGAUAUAUCUUUGUCUGCAACAAUGAUACCAUGGCAGAGAAUCUCAAGAGAGAGCUUUUUGGCUUGCCUCCCCGAUACCGCGAUUCCGUGAGGCAGAUCACUCCAGGCUUGCCCCUUUUCCUCUACAACUACUCCACUCAUCAACUCCAUGGAGUUUUUGAGGCUGCAAGUUUUGGAGGAACAAACAUCGAUCCCGCAGCCUGGGAAGACAAGAAAUGUCCCGGCGAAUCACGCUUCCCUGCUCAGGUGAGAGUAAUGACAAGGAAAAUUUGUGAGCCACUUGAAGAGGACUCUUUCCGGCCAAUUCUCCAUCACUACGAUGGCCCCAAGUUCCGCCUUGAACUCAACAUACCAGAGGCGCUGUCUCUCUUGGACAUCUUUGAAGAACAAAACCCUUGAAAACAAUAUUAUCCUAUACAGGCAGACAGAUACACAUAAAGUGAAAAAGAGGAGUUGACAAAAGAAUAGAAGAUCAAAAAUAGUUGUUUGGCUUCAAUAUAAUUGAAGUUUUAAGGAGAGUAAGGCGAGGAAUUGUGGGAACAGGAAAGAGGCUGCUCAUAAGGCCUGUGUGAUGUAUAAUCUUUUUUAAUGGAGGCUGUUUCGAACACCCUCGUUUUUUUUUUCUCUGGUUUGACAUAUAAAUAAAGGGCUUAAAAAACAUAAACUUUUAUUUAUGAGUUGUAAUCAAGUGAAUUAAGGAUGUAUUGCUGUUUGGAUAUCUAACCAUUUGCAUGAGAAUCAAUGGAAAUAAAUGGUAAUUAAGGAA